AUGAACCUGGAGGGCGAGCGCGGCAUCCACAGCACCAGCGAGGGCGGCGGCGGCGGGAUGAGCUCGGUGAGCUGCGGCAACGGGAAACUCCGCCAGUGGCUGAUCGAGCAGAUUGACAGCGGCAAGUACCCGGGCCUGGUGUGGGAGAACGACGAGAAGAGCAUCUUCCGCAUCCCCUGGAAGCACGCGGGCAAGCAGGACUACAAUCGAGAGGAGGACGCCGCUCUUUUCAAGGUAAGGGGUUGGCAGUUCAGAUUUAGCAGAUUUUGCGAUCCAGUGGCUUGGAUAUCAGCCAGAGCCGAAGGGGCUGUUUGCAUUUCCUUGCGCAAGUUUGGCUCCAGUCUCCCAUCAGAAGCAAAGUGUGCAUUUACUUGGAAACGGCCCGUGCUUUUAAGUGGAACUGGUUCCAGAUUUAGGGUCAGGUGCAGUUAGAUGAUUUAGGACCAUUGGGUAACGUACAUGGAAUUGGCUAUUUUAUCUUGUCAACAGUCUGCAAGGUAGAUCGGACUGGAAGAUAGGUUUGGCUGAGGCCACUCAGUAAACUUCCUGGCCGAUCUGGGAUAUGAAGCUAGAGCUCAUUGGUCCAACUCCACCCUCUGUCCACUUUCAGCCUCACUGGCAAAUUCCACAAAGGCGCAGGGUCCUUCUGUAACCUUUAGCCUGUAACAAGUGAAAGUACAUUUUCCCUAGCAGUAGAGGCUCACCUGUGACUAGUUAAAGAAAUAUUAGAUGUUCCCUAAACUGUGUGUAGACUGAAGAAACCAAGAGGUAGAUUGGACUCUGCCCCUAUUAGAAUUGCUGGAGAGUGGAAUUAGGAGGGUCUUUUAUUUUAGGGCACUUCUUUUCUCCGACUUUAAGAGAGAAAUUAAAUGAUCACUAGUCAACGACGGAAUUAUCUUUUCUACCCAACUAGCAUCCUAGAUGCUUCUGAAUUAAAAUGCCAGCCAAGCUGCUUUCCUGUCACACUUGAAAGACUCCUUCCAUGUUCUACAAUUCCCUCUUCCUUAUUUGAUUAACUACCCCAAGGCGUGACUCUUUAUGGCUGCAAUGAUGCUCCGAGUUGCACAAACUUGCAUUCUGUAGACAUCAAUGGAACUUGUGUACAAUUUUGAACAGGAUUGCAGCCUUUGUCAUUAAACUUCAGCAAGCACCAUAAUAACUGUUUAGCAAGACUUCCUUUCUAAAACUCCUUCCGUUGAUUGUUAUUGAAUAGCAUUACCUGCAGCAACACUGUUCCAUUUCUGCUAAAAUGAAUGUAGCUAAUUACUUUUAAUAGUAACUCAUUUUUAAAAGCAACCAUUUACGCUACUGGUUGAUUCCACAAGCAACGCCUUCCCUCCUUAAUUACUCAGCCUUAAUGUUAAACGUUGGUAUGGCUUUCUUAGCUUUGUGUACUGAACUCAUACUGUGACAGGUCUUUUUAAAAAGCCAUCUCUUGACUUGAAAAUAGUUUUUACCUUUUAGCUACCUGCAGAUUCCAGUGACUAGACUGGACUUGGCAGAAGUUAUUUCCACCUCAGCGUGAUACGAAACAAGAGUUCAUAAUUCCUGACUACAGUGGUACCUCGGGUUACAGACGCUUCAGGUUACAGACUCCGCUAACCCAGAAAUAGUACCUCGGGUUAAGAACUUUGCUUCAGAAUGAGAACAGAAAUCGCACAGCGGCAGCGGGAGGCCCCAUUAGCUAAAGUGGUACCUCAGGUUAAGAACAGUUUCAGGUUAAGAACGGACCUCCAGAACGAAUUAAGUUCUUAACCCGAGGUACCACUGUAUGCUGACUAGGUCUGAUGGCAACUGGAGUACAGCACAUCCAAAGAGUCACAGAUUGCACAUCCCAGUUAUGAAAGAUUGAGUGUUUUUACAUCCUUGCUCCCAUCGUGUGCUGUCUGCAAGCAGGGCUCUUAUUGAACUCUGCGCCACAUAGAAUGAGAAGACUAGAAGAAGCUGGGACCGCAUCUGCCGCCAUAGCUGCAUUAUUAUUAUUUAUAUAGUCAGGGAGACCAUAGCUGAGUGGUAAAGCAUCUACUUUGCAUGCAGAAGGUCCCCAGUUUGAUCUCUGAGGUCUCAACGUAGGGCUGGGGGAGACAACAGAUGGACCAAUGAGUCUGACUUUGUUUAAAAUACCCAAGGUCCUAAAAAAUCUGCCAUUCCUUCUGCCUGCAUAGAAUCUCUGACAUCUUUCUGAGAGGCAGUGUGGUAUAGUGGUUAGAGCGCUGGACUAGACACAGGUUUGCAUUUCUGCUCAUGCCUGAAACUUAACUGGGUGACUUUGGGCCAAUCACACACUCUCCAUCCAACCUACCUCACAGGGUUGUUGUGAAGAUAAUACAGAGAAGGGGAGAACUGUGUCCUUGAGCUCCUUGGAGGAACAAGGUGGGAUAAAAAUGUGAUAAUAAAUACACAAAUAAAAACAGGAAAGCUUAUAGGUGGUUAACUGCAGCCUGAUUUAUAUAUCUAUUAUAAUACUGCACCCCUGCUUUCUCCACUCACCAACUGCCUGCCAUUCCCUCAUUAACCUCUUAGACUUUGAGCUUCCCACAUCAUGCUCACUUUUUCACCUUUGGGAACUCACUUCUGUCUUCUGUUCUGAAGUCCCGCUUUGCACCCAUUUUCACCUUCACCCCAUGCUUUCACCUCCCCUUCCUUUUGUGCAACUCGCUCCCACUGCACACAAACCACUUGCAUGGUAACAUUCUGUAUCCUCCUCCCACACAUCACAACUACUAAGCACCCUUUUCGUCUUCUGCCCAGUUAUGAAGCUACUCCCCUCCUAUUCUGCAGACUUUUAAUGACCCAACAGUGGUACCUCAGGUUACAUACACUUCAGGUUACAGACUCCGCUAACCCAGAAAUAUUGCCUCGGGUUAAGAACUUUGGUUCAGGAUGAGAACAGAAAUCGUGCUCCGGCGGCGCAGCAGCAGCAGGAGGCCCCAUUAGCUAAAGUGGUGCUUCAGGUUAAGAACAGUUUCAGGUUAAGAACGGACCUCCGGAACGAAUCAAGUACUUAACCCGAGGUACCACUGUACUUGCAUCUUCAACCCCAUUCCCAUGCCUCUUGCACCCUCCAUCUGCACCCCAGCUAUCACCUUCACUCCCUUUUCCCUGCCACCCUCCUCUUCACUUUUCUCAACUCUUCCGUGCACACAGAGCAUUCCAUUUUCAUGCUUCCUCUCUCCUAUUCUACACCCCAUUUGCAAAAGGCUCUGUGUUCGUUCUUUCUCUCAUGUGAAGCAGCUGAAGAAUGGAAGAGGGAGAAGUUUGAGUACAGCAAGAAGGGAGAUUCACUGAAAGGGAAAAAAGUGGCUGUUUUAAACAGUGGCAGAAGUUUGAGUAAAGUGGGGAGUGGAUAAAAACAGAGAGGAAAAUGGCAAUUUUAAACAACAACAGUAAAGCAGGGAUGGCGUGACAGUGAGGGUAUUCUUUUUUAAAACAAACAAAUUUUAACAAGAAAAAAUAGCAGAGAUGGGUACAACACAAAAGAUAAUACCAAAAAGAAAACACAACAACAACAACAACAUAAUAAUAAUUUAUUACUUGUACCCCGCCCAUCUGGCUGGGUUUCCCCAGCCACUCUGGGCGGCUUCCACAGAAACCAAAAAUACACUAAAAUAUCACACAUUAAAAACUUCCCUGAACAGGGCUGCCUUAAGAUGUCUUCUGAAUGUCAGGUAGUUGUUUAUCGUUUUGACAUCUGAUGGGAGGGGGUUCCACAGGGCGGGCUCCACUACCGAGAGCCUUUCCAAACUCCCUUCUUACUGUACUCAAAUAUUGCUUUAAAAUGCCAGUGUGGUGUAGUGGUUAAGAGCGGUAGUCUUGUAAUUUGGUGAACCAUGUUCGCGUCCCCACUCCUCCACAUGCAGCUGCUGGGUGACCUUGGGCUGGUCACACUUCCCUGAAGUCUCUCAGCCCCACUCACCUCACAGAGUGUUUGUUGUGGGGGAGGAAGGGAAAGGAGAUUGUUAGCCGCUGUGAGACUCCAAACUCUUCUCUUCUUCUUCUACUUCCUCCCCCACAUUGUCUUCCUCCCCGACCCGCUUGCUCUGCUCAAACUUUUGCCAUUCUUUAAAAUCACUGCUUUGUUCCUCUCAGUGUUCCUCCAUCUAUGCUUUACUGAAACUUCUGCUGUUGUUUAAAGCACCCACCUUUCCUUACUUUCAGUGUCUCUCCUUUCAUGCUGUACUCAAACUUCUCCGUCUUCCAUUCCUCAGCUGCCUCAGGCGAGAGAGAUAAAGGACACGGAUUCCUCAAAUAUUCCAAAGUAUCUUUAUACAAUGCCACUGUUUAAAAUUGCUUUCCCCCCUCUCAGUGUCCCUCCAUGCUAUCAUGACUUCAUGCAAAUUCAGAAUUGUGAUGCAGCACUACAGAUCCUUCAAGGGAUUACAUUUUUAUUAUAUAAAAAUCACACACACACACACAUUUUAUACACUGUUGUUCUAAGCUGCCCUGUGCUCCAUACUGGAGGAACGGUGGGACAGAAACUAUCUAAUUCAUAAAUGAAGAAAUAAAACAUGUUGUGCCUACUCCAUGCUGUUUUGCAGUGAACUAAAAUAGCACAGGGCCUUUGCAAAUGGCACAGGGUCUAUAUACUUCCUGUAGAACUGAAGUAUCUACUAUGAAUCUAGAACGACAUCUAGUUCUUUUUCUGCAGUCUUCUCUGCUGAAAAAUGGCACUGCGUUGGAAAUUUGGUUUGUAGCUGAGCUAUGCCUAGGGAAGUGAAAAUCUUAUAGCAGCAGGGGAAAAGCUAGUGUUAGUCCCAUCAGAGAACUUCCACGAUGAACACACGUAUCGUGCUACUUAUAUUGUUGAGUAUAGGUAUGUUUAAAGGAGUUUUUAAAAACAAGAUGUUAACCACCAUCAAUAUUUCCAGGCUUGGGCUCUGUUUAAAGGGAAGUUCAGAGAAGGCAUUGAUAAGCCAGAUCCCCCCACCUGGAAAACAAGACUGCGGUGUGCUUUGAACAAGAGCAAUGACUUUGAAGAACUCGUUGAAAGAAGCCAGCUGGAUAUAUCAGACCCCUAUAAAGUGUACAGAAUAGUACCAGAAGGAGCAAAGAAAGGUAAGCUUUCAUUAUACAAAACAAUCCCAUUUAUUGAGAUGGUGCUGGGGUGGGGUGGGGAUAUACAACAGCACUAUAAUUACUUUAAGCAAUGAAGUUUGGUGAAUUAAAAAUCUAAUGCUUGUUUAUAUAGGUUUACAAUAGAAGCACCUAGGGUUCAAAUAACUGAUGCAGUUCUGCCUGAUUCUGUAAGCAAAUAAAUUAUACAAUUCGGGUGAUUUGCAUGUAUGUUGUCUUUUAUCCUGAUAAAGUUUUCCAGUGACAGACUUCUAUAUUGAUCCCCUAUCUGUAUAGCGUACCAAGAAACUUAAUGGCUAUGAAGUAGACUGAAGCAAUAACAAUGUCAUUUUUAAUGUGCAAGCUACUUUUCUCACAAGGUUCUUCAAGAUACACAUGCGUAAAUUUCCCUGUUUUAUAUACACAGGAGCAAAACAGCUUAGCAUGGAAGAUCCCCAAAUGAUUAUGAAUAAUACUUACACCAUGAACUCGUCUUACUCUGCACUACCACCUCAGGUAUGUAUAAAUACAUAUAUAUAUAAUAUGGAUGUAUUUUAGCUUUGAUGUCAAAUUAUGAAGAUGUACUGAUACCAUUGCUGUUUCAUUCCUUGAUCGAGUGUGAGAUUGAAAAAGAGUAGCAAAGAGUACAACUACAACUUAAGAAAUGUUCCCAGAGAGUUCAUAGGUGUUGCUGUGAUCCGAUUUUUUUUUGGAACCCAUACUAUUAGCUCUUAUUACAUUUCAUAUCUGUUUCAUCAUUUGCAGUCCAAGUAUUCAUCUUCAUAAAUUUCAAAUCUUUACAUCCCCCUGUAAAUGUUAUUUAAAAAAAAUUAAUUAACAACGCUGGAUUUGUACCAAUGCAUCAGUUUCAUGUGCGCUUCCUCUUCCAAGGGGACAUUGGGUGCUGUAUCUUCAUUAUUUGUAGGGGAGAGCCGGUGAUGAAACACAUCUUUUGUGUGCAUAGAGUCCCAUGUUCUGCCCCCUGGCACCUGUACUCAAAUAAUCUCUGGUAGCAGGUUUUGGAGAGAACACUGCGCAAGACUCUGGAGAGCAUUUUGUGUUUGGACAUUUUGAGGAUGGCAUGUAGUCCAGGUGGGAAAGCUUGAAGAUUCUGUCUGCAAUUAACUAUAACUAAAACCAUUAUAUGGGGACACGGGUGGCGCUGUGGGUUAAACCACAGAGCCUAGGGUUUGCUGAUCAGAAGGUUGGUGGAUCGAAUCCCCGUUACGGGGUGACAUCCUGUUGCUCGGUCCCUGCUCCUGCCAACCUAGCAGUUCGAAAGCACAUCAAAGUGCAAGUAGAUAAAUAGGUAUCGCUCCGGCGGGAAGGUAAAUGGAGUUUCCGUGCGCUGCUCUGGUUCACCAGAAGCGGCUUAGUCAUGUUGGCCACAUGACCCGGAAGCUGUACGCCGGCUCCUUCGGCCAGUAAAGUGAGAUGAGCACUGCAACCCCAGAGCGACUGGACCUAACAGUCAGGGGUCCCUUUACCUUAAAACCAUUAUGUGAUGUGUGGGACACCACAGCCUGACCCUGCACACUUUAUUCAUGACCAAGAGACUGGUUUGACAGCACUGGAAGGACCACACAGCUGCUUUGAGAGCUCAUUGGCCAGAGGAUCUUUAUUCUCCUGCAGCAUAUGAAAACAGUACUUUUGUCUGAAGUUGUAAGGAUCACAACUAUUCUGAGAUCUUGGACCCCUACUCAGAGCUGUUUGCCUGACUUGCAUGCCGUAUAAAAUCUGUCAAUGCCUCUCCCGUCCUCUUUUGUUAUUUUGUAUUAUUGGUUUUGGCCACACAUACCUGCUUUUUGCAAAAUUGCAUUGUGAAUUGACAUACUUUGCUGAUGUGUUUUCUUUCUCCUUAGAACUGUGAUGGAAAACCUUUUUUUAAAAAAUGCAUUAAAAAAACACCACCACAUUAUGUAAUAUUUCGUUAAACAUGCAGGUGCCAAGCUACAUGGUGUCUCAUGACCGUAAUUGGAGGGACUAUAUGCCGGAGCAGUCACACCCCGAUAUCUCCUACCAGUGUGCAAGCGUUCCUUUUGCAGCUCGCAACCACCACUGGCAAAGCCCAGCAUGUCAGAACGGUAAGAAGAUUCCAGUGUUUUUAGACAGAGCUGUAUCUGGUGGUUAUUUAAAUUGUGAAAGAAGUUGUGGUUCCUGACCCAGUGGCUGUGUCCAUGUGGUUGCGAAUAAGGUGUAAAGUGGAUUUCCUCAUUCAUUUCAUUAGAAGACACUGCUCAGUAUAUUUAGCACUUUGUGUAUGUAAACGUCCCCUCUUCGUUGAAAUGAAUGGGGAAGCCUUGGAAAGUGGGAAAACUCUAUAUGUGCAUUCCACUGUUGGAAGAAAGUACAAUGGUAUGAAUGAGAUUAGGCAGCCAAAAGUAAGGACUUUAAAACCUCAUUUAAGGGAUACGCAAGCACUUGCAAGAUCCCUCUCACUGAAAUCAAUUGGACUUGCAGAAGUGGUUAACUUUGGAGUAUGUUCUAAGGUUCCAUUACAAUGAGCACUCAGUAUAAGAAAAUGGUGCAAUCUCCACAGGAGUGUGGAGUGCUUUUACUUUGAAGAUUCAGAAUAAUGGACGAGGCAAAGUAGAUAAGUCAAAUGGGCCUAUUUCUGAUGGUGCACAUAAUGAAAGCUUUUCAGUGUUGACAAAACUGAUGUUAUUCUGCUGCAUAAGAGCCAACCCCUAGGGGCUGAGGUCUUUUUGACUCCCCAAAAUAAAAUAUUUCAGGAGGCCAGGGCCCUCCAAAUUUCAUGGGCAUUGCCAAUCAAAUGGUGUGUGUGCACCACAUCAUGUGAUCAAUUAUGUAGCAUCCUCCAGUAUUUUAGCCAAGUUGGCACCCCUGUUCUGCAUAGUGGGGUCACCAACAUGGUGCAUGCAAGCACACAUGUGCCUGCCAAAGCUUUUCCUGGUGCCCACAGUAACCCCUCCUCACACCACACCCAUUGUAGUCUGGCCUGAAAGAAGAAGAAGAGGAGUUUGGAUUUGAUAUCCCGCCUUUCACUCCCUUUAAGGAGUCUCAAAGCGGCUAACAUUCUCCUUUCCCUUCCUCCCCCACAACAAACACUCUGUGAGGUGAGUGGGGCUGAGAGACUUCAGAGAAGUGUGACUGGCCCAAGGUCACCCAGCAGCUGCAUGUGGAGGAGCGGAGACGCGAACCCGGUUCCCCAGAUUACGAGACUACCGCUCUUAACCACUACACCACACUGGCUCUCUCAGAAAAGACUUCUUUCUUUUCUCUUGCAACCCAAAAAAAUCACCCUCCCCUCCUGCAAUUAGUUUUUUUAAAAAAUAAAAUACUAUGAUAGAAGGCUUUCCCCAAGCCCAAUUGCCUGUGUGUGUGUGUGUGUGUGUGAGAGAGAGAGAGAGACAGAGAUAACUUCCUGGAGUGGGUUAACCAGUUCCUGCUCAGCCACACUCUCCAGGAAGAUGACGCCCCUCCCCUUGCCAAAAACAAAUUAAGUUUGAAAAAAGGCUGAAACACUGUUCCCUGUUGGAGGGCAGAUGGGGUUGAGAAUGGAUGAUUGUGGGGCAUGUAUAUUUGCAUGGCUAUGGAGUGUGCAUAGAAUCAUAGAACUGUGGAGCUGGAAGGGACCGUGAGGGUCCUCUAGUCCAACCCCCUGCAAUGCUGGAAUCUUUUGCCCAGCGUCAGGCUCGAACCCAUGGCCCUGAGGUUAAGAAUUUCAUACUGUACCAAAUGAACCCUGCCAGCUGCCUGUGUGGUUGCAGUGCGGUGCCAGUGCCUAUUACUCAGGUUUCCAAAAUUGGCAAUCGCUGCUCCAAGUGCUUCAUAAACAUGGAAUGCGUUCAGUGAAGCCUGUCAAAUAAAAGCAUAUUGCUUUAUUAAUUUUUGGCUUCCCUCUUUCACCUACUAGCUCAUGAGUGAAUCUGGCUGAUUUCAACGCAAUACAUUAUAAAUGAACAGAUAUUUAAGGCACAAUGAUACACCCCAAGUCAACCACUUCUCUAAGUCCUAUUGAUUUCUGUGGGAGAGUUUAUCACUUAGAUGCUUUUGCAUCUCUUUCAAUCCUAACCAUGAAUCAUUAAAGCUGAAUGCCUGAAGAACCCCCUUGAGGGUUUCCUAGCUCUGUGACAUCACAAAGCCAGCUGAUCCUAUGCAAAGUAGGUUUUAGUUUUAAACUUGCACAACCGGGCAUUCUUGCUUUCCUUUUUCUUUUUCUAAGUGCUUAGCCUAAGAGGGACAAGUAGAUUUGGAUGCAAUCUAGUGAAAGCAUUCCAUACUGUUUCCAAUGCUGUAUAAAUGUUAAAUCUGCCUUCACUCUAAGGCUGCAAGCCUGUGCGAUGUAGUAAUUAGAGGGCUGAACUAGGAUCAGAGUGACCCAGGUUUAAAUUCCCAUUCCACCAGAAAAUUUACUGGGUGAUGUUGGACUAGUCACUAUCUCCCAGCUUGGCCUGGCUCAUAGCAGUGCUGCCAAUUCCAGGGGGCCACAGGGGCCCAGACACCCACAAAUUUUUUUUUGCUGUGGGUGCCCAGCCUCUGCCCCCUGCCCAUGCUGCCUGCUGCCUUGCCUCUGGUGUUGUGGCACUGCAGCAGCGACUGGCCCUGUGCUCUGCCGCAGGGUCUCUGUUGGGGCUCAUUGCAGCUGCAGACAUGCUUCCAGAGUGCGACUACUGCUGCAGCAGGCCCCAAUAGAGGCCCUGCGACAAAGGUGCAGGCCCUGGCCCAGUCGCCACUGCGGCAGCAGAGCGCACAUGCACCAUAACAUUGCAUUGUGGUACGGCAUCACAGUGUCACAACAGGACAACACAGCGUGCAUGCGCUGGGCACCCACAGUCUGGGGCCCAAGUUGGCACUACUGCCCCAUAAGGUUGUUAUGAGAAUAAAGUGGAUAGAACCACACAUGCUACUUUGAGUACCUUGGAGGAGCGAAAAACUAAACACAUUUACUAGAAAGUAAGCCCCUGAAGUCAUUCCCAGUGCCAUGCCCCUUCUGGAGUCAUGCAAUGGUUUAAAGCAGCCUUUCUCAACCUGUGGGUCCCCAGAUGUUGUUGAACUACAACUCCCAUCACCCCUAGCUAGCAAGGCCAGAGCUCAGGGAUGAUGGGAGUUGUAGUCCAACAACAUCUGGGGCCCACAGAUUGAGAACCGCUGGUUUAAAGCAUCCACGAGGUACCACUUAGUGUGAGGAAGUACAGAAGCACCAAGGGAUCCAUCUCUGCAGCCAGCACAAGGCCCUCCAAACUCAGCCGAAACAUCCAGAGUCCAGGAGAAGGGAAGCAUCUGCCAAGGUUUUCGUAAACUACCUGUGAGCACUGCUGAAAGACAGCAUAUAAACAAACAAACAAAAUGUGUUCAGGUCGAAAUGGAAGGUGAAUUUCUCAGACUGGAGGGAGAAAGCCUUCAAUGGAUUUUGGACCGCUUGGCAACAUAGUUUGUGAACAGAAACUUUUUGUUUGUGAAAGCAGGUUGUCAGGUAACUGGAACCUUUUACGCUUGUGCGCCACCCGAGGCACAGACUCCUGGGAUCCCAAUAGAGCCGAGCAUAAGGUCUGGUGAAGCUCUUCCAUUGUCAGGUAUAUAAAUAAUUCAACAAUUGGCACGUAACAAUGAUUUCAUGAGAGCCCUCUCAUAACUUUCCAGAUAAGUUUCACACACACACACAGACCCUUUCCCCGUGAGCUCAAAUGAGAGGAUAACUCUGAAAUUUCCAUCAAUGUUUGGUUGUCUGAUUUGGUUUAAAAAAAUGUAAGGUGAAUACAGGGUGUGCAUACAUGUUGGUUGUGCACAUUUAUAUGAAGUGUGGAGAAUGUUCACAGACAACAUGAACAAGGAAUUUUGUGCAGUGCCCAGUCAAUAUGCGUUGAAUUUUGGGCAAUGCCUAGUGAAUGUGCCUGGGUUCCAAAUGAUGUUGGAAAAUGGUGGCCAAAGUCGAUUAGGUGGUGUGUUUAUUGGCCAGUCAAAGCAGGAAGCAACCAGAGAGAGCUCCUCCUCAAUAGAAGUUCCUAUCUGUGGAGUUCUCUCCCAGGGAUGACCUGUUUAGCACCAACCAUGUUAUCCUUUCAGUGUUAAGCAAAGGAUUAUCUCAGACACUUGAAUAUAUUUUCCUCUCUUUAGAUGGUUGGUAAAUAUUUUAUAUUAUAUUUGAAAACUGCUAUGGAAGUUCCACUGAAGAGCCGCAUAUAAAUAUUUAAAUAAACAAAAUUAUCCUGUCGGGGACUAUGUGGAUUACCCAGGCAAUCAGUGAAACGUAUGUGGAUGUGUUGCACAUCAACCAGGCAUUAAAGUACAACUGAUCAGUUAAUUUCCCCCCAAAUCAUUUGGCAACGACUCAUACCGUCGGCUGUAACAUUCCCUGUUGAUGGUUUGGUAAACUUUCUCCAUCCUGUCAUGUGAGUGUACAUUAUGACUGAUGUUCAUGCACAACUACUAGUCAAUUCCCAUUAAUGUACAUGUUGACAAGAAUUCCGUACCGCUUAAGCUUUUGCACAAAGUUAUUUUUAGUGGCGUGUUUGUAGAUGUGUUAUCUUGGUGUAAGGGUGGCUCAUUUCACUAACUACCUCUUGCUGCCCAUACCUGCAGCACAACAGCCAUAUUUGUUACUUGCUCCAAUGUUCCACCACCAAAAAAAACCCCGUGGAACAGCUACCUAUCAGCUAUCAAGUAACCUGCAUUUUGACUUGGCCAACAAGCAAGGCUACUGCAUAGCUCAACUCAGUGAAUCAUAGGAAUCACUAUGCCAAUACCCUCAUAACCAGCAUUUCCCCAGCUAAUCUGCUGUGUGGCACAAUCAUACACAUAUUUAAGUCCCACUGUGCUUAAUUUCCUAGCAAGUGGUUUUAAAAUUGCAUAUGCAUUCUCAGGUUCAAAGUCUGCCACUGAAAAGUGGUUUGAAGCCACAUCUCUGAGAUGCUAUAUGUCACUCAACCUCAAUGCUUCUUAGCUUCCUUGUAGAUGUUACAUGACAUGCCAUUGUCUGGUGUCCAACGGUUAACAACAAUUCUGCAUAAAUAUGCUUUCAGAUUGUCGAUUGCACAUCUGUCUAUAUUACCAUGAAACUCUUGUGAAAGAAGUCACUACUUCAAGUCCUGAGGGGUGCAGAAUAUCUCAUGGCCAAAGUUAUGAGGUCAGCGGGCUGGACCAAGUUCUUUUCCCUUAUCCGGAAGAUCACAACCAGAGGAAAAUAACUGAAAAAUCCUUAAGCCACCUGGAAAGGGGAGUAAUACUCUGGAUGACACCUGACGGACUCUAUGCUAAGAGACUUUGCCAAAGCAGGAUCUAUUGGGAUGGUCCUCUGGCAUUUUGCAACGACCGGCCUAACAAACUGGAAAGGGAGCAGACAUGCAAACUUUUUGAUACUCAGCAGUUUUUGUCAGGUAUGUAUGUUACAGUCAUAAAUGCAUCCUUGUAGGUUGUGUGAUGCAAGCUUCUUAUUUUGUCAUAGCAGUGGGUUUCAGAAGGAGCUGGAUACACAUUCAGUCUAUUUGACCAUAGCAUGAGCUGAAAUAUUACCUAAUUUGCUAAAAAUUUCUAAUUAGCCUUCACUUGAGAAAUGUAAUGUAAGCUCACCAGUUGUCCUACUGUUGGCUAAUAAUGCUUCUCACACACAUUUUUUUGCCUGCUCUUCAGUGGUGUAAUAUUUCAGAAGGUGUUUUUUUUCUUAUCUGCAUUCUUAAAUGCUCCUUUAGUCUUUGGUGUCCAGGGUGCUAACACUUACAGUUAUAAUGUGUAACUUUUGGUAUGUACAACACUGGCUGUUUUGCAAUGAAAAUAACAUUGAUAUAAGAUUGUGCAGCUUCAGGUUUUACUUCGGUGAGAUCAAAUGGGCUAAUAUAAACACAUCUGCUUAAUUAGAGACUGUGAUACUGGAUAUAGAAACAACUGGACUGAAAUUAACAUUUCUUAUCUCCAGCAAAUUUGAAAGUGGAAUAUUUUAAACAGAUUAUUUAGUGGGGGUUUUUUUUAAAAAAUGGAAGCACCAUUUUAUAGAUUUGCCUUUUUGGAUUCCAAUAGUCUUUAUUGUAAAAUCCCCAUAAACCCCCAGUUAUACAAUUCUGAGUGAACAAAUAAUAGAUUGUAACUCCGCUAAAGGCAUGUGGGAGACUUGUGUCUUCUCCAUACAUAUUUUAGAGGUUCUCCUCUAAAAUCUGGGGUCUUUUCUGGAAGCCAGCCAGCUCUGGUUUCUCCCAGCUUGAGACAACCAUGGCAUACCUGGAAGCACUCAAUAAACUGGAAACAGUAAUGUCCUGCCAAAUUGAGAGAAAUUUUGUUACGCUUAUGUAGCUGAUCAGAAAGCUGGAAAACCAGGGAAGUUUACAAUUUUCAACAUUGCUGGAUAGGAUGUUGCAGAUAUGUACUGAUUUGGAUUCUAGAUUUUGUUAGGUCUUUUGCCAUCCUCAUUGCCACAUCUUUUGAUCAGUAUUAUAGGCUGAUUUUCCAUGAUAUUUGUUUUUCUGCCAUAGCUCUGAAGUUUAGUCCUACAUAAUAGCUUGAGUAUUUUCUGUUGGCUUUCCAGAACUACAAGUAUUUGCCCACCAUGGGCGGCCGUUGCCUAGAUUCCAGAUUGUGUUGUGUUUCGGUGAAGAGUUUCCAGAUCCACAAAGGCAAAGAAAACAAAUUACAGCCCAUGUAAGUAUAAACGAUUUGAUUUGCUUGAAACUAGGGGUAUGCAAAUAUAUUAAAGGGGGUAAGGGGAAUGCUUAAAGUGAAUUAAUGUAAUCCAAUAUAUUCAAAUAAUGUUGAAAAAUAGCAUUGAAAUGAAAUGUAAAUCACCACUCUUACAGCUAGGCAGUACCGUAUAACUGAAACUUCCUUAAGUACAAUAAUCGCCUGGAAAUAUGCAACACCAGUUUCUGAGUGAUUCACAUCUGUGAUUACACUUCUGAUUUAAGCUAAAUGUUACAACAAUUCAAAUAUUCUGAAAUUGGAAAUCACGGUUUAUUUCAAUACUGCUAAAUAAACUAGACAUGAACUAUAAAGAGGGGGCUUUCUGGCUUGCCACCAAUUGUUCAUGCUGUGUUGAUGUUUUUAUAGCAUUCUACAAAGCUGUACUAAAUUAUGCUUUGAGCAAAGUGGAUGAGUGGAAAUCUCACCCCCUUACUUCCAUAGUGAUUCCCUCCUCCCACUUACCUCAUGCUCCAUGCAUUCUGUGUCCUUACAGCUAACGCCUUUCAUCCUCCUUUAUUUAGGGCUAUUUAGCCUAUAAUUCCAUAGGAACGUGGGUGGCGCUGUGGGUUAAACCACAGAGCCUAGGACUUGCCGAUCAGAAGGUCAGCGAUUCGAAUCCCCAUGACGGGGUGAGCUCCUGUUGCUCGGCCCCUGCUCCUGCCAACCUAGCAGUUUGAAAGCACGUCAAAGUGGAAGUAGAUAAAUAGGUACUGCUCUGGCGGGAAAUUGCGCUGCUUUGGUUUGCCAGAAGCGGCUUAGUCAUGCUGGCCACAUGACCUGGAAGCUGUACGCCGGCUCCCUCGGCCAAUAAAGCGAGAUGAGCGCCGCAACCCCAGAGUCGGUCACGACUGGACCUAAUGGUCAGGGGUCCCUUUACCUUUUAACCUAUAAUUCACAAAGCUGUUAAGCCAGAACAUCAGUGCACCAGUCUCCUAAAUGGCUUAAUUAGGUUGUGAAUCAGGUUGUUAAUUGUGCAUUCUAUUAUAAACAAUACUAAGAAACAUUCAGUAGAAGAAUUAGCUGUACAAGAUCACAUUAUUUGACCAAGGUAAUCUUGGAGAAAUAAGAUAAUCUAUGUUUUGAGCAUCAGCGUAAGUUGUUUCGAAGUACACAUAAUACCUGAAAUUAUCAUAUUAGUUACAGUGGUACCUUGGGUUACAGAUGCUUCAGGUUACAGACACUUCAGGUUACAGACGCUUCAGGUUACAGACUGCGCUAACCCAGAAAUAGUACCUCAGGUUAAGAACUUUGCUUCAGGAUGAGAACAGGAAUUGCACGGCAGUGGCAUGGCAGCAGCACAAGGCCCCAUUAGUUAAAGUGGUGCCUCAGGUUAAGAACAGUUUCAGGUUAAGAACAGACCUCCAGAACGAAUUAAGUUUUUAACCCGAGGUACCACUGUAACUUUGUCCUGAAAGCUGUGUGUCAACGUAGCACUGAGUGACUCCUUGCAUGAGUGGAUUGACUUCUGCCUGCACAAUGGGACUCCCCCCUGCCCUCCCCCCCCCUUGCCCGCUAAAUCUGUUCUCUCUGGAGCAGAUUUGGGGGUAGUGCAGGGCAUGUGCAGGGGAAGGAGUGGGGAAAUCCCAUUGUGGGUAGAAAUCAUUUUACUUGUAGAUUUAAGUAGAUACCACCCUACGUUUGGUUGCGGGUCUUUUCUCUCUCUCUCUCUCUCUCUCUCUCUCUCUCUCUCUCUCUCUUUUACAAUUUCCGCUGCAACAAUCAACUGUAAAAGUUGAUAAUGUAAGGAAGAUUUAGCUCUUAUUGCAACUGAUCAAGUAGGCAAUUCACAUAGUGAAGUGGAAUAACAUUUCAAAUAUCCCUACCACUCCCUUUGUACGCCUGUGUGGAGUUUUUGCUAUCUCCAGGGCUAUGCAGGAGCGCCAUACUUUUAGAAAGACCAUGUUCAGCAAGGGAAAAUAUAUUUUUGUCGUCAUUCGCGGUAGGCAGUAGAUGUUUCAGGUAAAUGUUAGUCCAAGACACAUAAAGGAUCUCAGACCUGGUAUGUUCUGAAGCCUGCGCUCGUACAUGUGUAUAGGCUUCUGUGUACAUGAAACGGUAGUAGAAUGUUGGACAGUGCCAUGCCUGUUUCUUAGAAACAAGUCCUGCUGAUUUCUGUGGGCCUUGUUCCUAGUAUGUGUGUACAGUGGUACCUCUGGUUACGUACUUAAUUCAUUCCGGAGGUCCGUUCUUAACCUGAAACUGUUCUUAACCUGAAGUACCACUUUAGCUAAUGGGGCCUCCUGCUGCUGCUGUUGCGCGAUUUCUGUUCUCAUCCUAAAGCAAAGUUCUUAACCCGAGGUACUAUUUCUGGGUUAGCGGAGUCUGUAACUUGAAGUGUCUAUAACCUGAAGCGUCUGUAGCCCAAGGUACGACUGUAACUUAUAUGAUAAUUGCAGGUAUUACGUGUACUUCAAAACAACUUACACUGAAGCUCAAAACAUAGAUCAUCUUAUUUCUCCAAGAUUACCUUGGUCAAAUAAUGUGAUCUUGUACAGCUAAUUCUUCUGCUGAAUGUUUCUUAGUAUUGUUUAUAAUAUACAAUUGUUUAUAAUUAACAAUCUGAUUCACAACCUAAUUAAGCCAUUUAGGACACUGGUGCACUGAUGUUCUGGCUUAACAGCUUUGUGAAUUAUAGGCUAAAUAGCCCUAAAUAAAGGAGGAUGAAAGGCGUUAGCUGUAAGGACACUGAAGCGUAUGUAACCCGAGGUACCACUGUAUAUGAUUGUUACUGGAAAGAAGCAUGUGCUGAUAAAAUUAUGUAUCUUCAGCAAGUCCAUUGGAAUUGAUGAAACUAGAUAGAACACAAAUGAAAUGCUUUCUAAUGUGGAACUCCGUUGACUUGUCAUGAUUAAUAUAUAUAUUCAAUAUGAAUGAAUCAGACCAUCUGGCUAUGUGUCCCAUUAACCUUUUUAUCUUUUAAGGUUGAGCCCAUGUUUGCAAGGCAGCUAUACUACUUUGCACAGCAAAACACCGGACCUUUUCUAAGAGGCUACGAUAUACCAGAACAAGUCACCAGUUCAGAAGACUACCAUCGAGCUCUGCACCAUUCCUCCGUUCCAGAAUAAGCAUGUGAAAAUCGGUGCCUUGAAGCAUCGUGUUGGAUGUCAUGCAUAAUGCAAGAAUCGUUGGUUCACAGCUACGUGUUAUAAGUAAAUGCUUGGAUUUCCCCUGGAAAAUGAACAACAACAACAACAACAUAUAAGUUCAAAAAAUGGUUGUGGUCAAGCCUAAAAAUAUAUUACAAUGGACACAUGCUCUCCUCCC